AUGGAGUCGUCAAGAGCUACUCCUCCAAAUACAUCAACCAUGGAGUCGUCAAGAGCUACUCCUCCAAAGUCCUCAAUAGAUACCUCCUUCAAUGACAUCGAUCCCGAGUUUGAAUUCGUGGGAGAUGUCAAUACGGAUAAUGAGAUACCCUCGCAAGAGAUCCUGAGGAAGAUUGAAAGUAUGAUCGUUUUAGACAGAGAUGGAAAGACUCGACCGUUUAAAAGUUUAUACUCAGGCCCGAAUGUAGCGAGAAGAGUCUUAAUUAUCUUCAUCCGUCACUUCUUCUGCGGGAACUGUCAAGAAUUCCUUCGAACCCUCGCGGCAUCCAUAACCGAAGAUUCCCUCCUCCAACUCCACACUCCUACCUUCAUCGCAGUAGUAGGAUGCGGCAGCCCAUCUCUAAUCCCCAUGUACCAAGAAGCCACAAAGUGUCCAUUCCCAAUAUACGCAGAUCCAACCCGAAAGCUAUACGACGAGCUAGGAAUGAUGCGCACGUUAAAUCUAGGCAGCAGACCUGAAUAUCAACGCAGAUCAACAAUACUAGGAAUGGCACAGAGCGUAGUACAAAGUCUCAAACAAAUCAAAGGAGGCAAAUUAUUCCAAGGAGGCGAUUACCAACAAGUAGGCGGAGAAUUUCUAUUCGAGCCCGUACGAAUGGCUACUCCGAUUUCCUCACCUACCGAUGAACACCCUGAGAUGCACGCCAAUGGAGGUAUAUUAGGAAAUGGUGAUAAGAUCGGCGAAAAUGAAGGAUAUGAGGAUAAAAUGAUAACGUGGUGCCACCGAAUGAAAAACACACGAGACCAUGCUGAAAUUCCCGAGCUGAAAGAAAUCCUCGGAUUCGACGAAAUAGGCGAUGGAGGCAAGAAUCAGAAGAGGUGGUCCAAAGCAUUGAGCGAGCGAAAGGGAACGGCAAUGAGCAUCCGGGCUCGCAGUAGUAGAGGAACGAGUUUGAGACUCGAGGGUAUGAGUGAAGAUGGUGGUAGUUUGCGCAGCAGGAGAACAACAAGUAGUGAAAAGCACUUGUAG